AUGAGCAAGUACACUGUGACCGUUCUGUGGCUACUUCCGGUGUUCGCCGCGGCGCUGACGCUGCCCGCCGUCGAGAAGUCCGGCACCGAGAACGACCUGAUGGCGACCAUAUACAGCGACUGCUUGAAGAAGGAGUCGAUCAAUUGUAUUAAGUACAAGGUAUUCUCCUACAUGGACAAGAUGCUCGCCGACAAGGAGGAUAUCACGCUCACCGAGGGCAUCACCGUCGUCAAGACGUCGAACACCGAGGAAGGAGCGCCGAGGUCCAUCGAGUCCAGCGACCUGGAGACGCUGCUGUUCGAUAGGCUGGGGAGAUUCCUGAGGACCCACUCGGUUAAGGUCGACCUGAAGGGGACCGACAUUCUCGGAGCCAUCGAGUCUGCUGGCCGCAGCUUCGAGGACUUCACUGAUAACGCCGUGGAGAGCCGAGGGAAGAAAAAGAAAGCCCAGAAGAUCCUCGGACCUCUGUUGAUGGCCUUGGCGCUGAAGGCUGCAGCCCUGUUGCCCUUGGCUCUCGGCGCGAUCGCCGCCAUCGCCGGCAAAGCCCUGCUGGUCGGCAAGAUCGCCCUGGUGAUCUCCGCUAUAAUCGGCCUGAAGAAGCUGCUCAGCUCGAGCGGAAAGCACGUGACCUACGAGGUGGUCUCGCAUCCUCAUCACAGCAGCAGCCACGUAGUCAGCCACGAUGACGGCGGUCACGGCGGCGGUUACGGCGGCGGCGGCGCCGACUAUGGCGGCGGAUAUUCGGGUGGCAGCGGACACGGCUGGGCGAGGAGCUUGCCGCAGGACGCCCACGAGCUGGCUUAUCGCGCGCAUCAACCUCAACCGCAAGCAUGA